CAAUCAUGUUCUCUUCCUCACAGCUGAUCCUGUUUACAAUAACGUUCCGAGAGGACAAGACCUGUGAGAGGUCAGAGGGUGAGAGAUGAGAUAGCAAAGGCCUGGAAAAGAAUCAGCCAGGAUGAAGAUCACAGUAUGGAGUGUCUUGAGUGGCAAGGCCUCAGGCCACAUCGUUAUAAAUGUACCUGAAACUCACACAAUUGGCGAUAUCCUGGAUAAGUUUUUAAAUUUUAAGGGCGCUCCAAAAUGCCCAGGAUAUGUGAUGCGGAGCAGUGACAACCUUGCACUCAACCCACGCAAGACAUUAAAACAGUCAAGCAUUCAGGAUGGGGAUACUCUCACACUUGGCCUCUCAGACUUUUCUGCAGCACAGAAGGCCUCUACUCUCAGCUGGAGUGAUUGCCAGAUGUGCAAUGUAAGACAACUGAUAAAAAGGAGUCGUAUAUAUAGGGUUGUCAAGAAUGAUGAAGAGCAAACCUUCUCCUUUGGGAGCUGGUGGACUGUGACAAUUAUGGCACUCUUGAUCAGCAUUGUGGGACUUGUAGUGAUACUGUGGAUGUUCUUUGAGCCUGUCAUAGCUCCUCAAAAGUUUGGUGUGGUAAUGGAUGCAGGAUCAUCACACAGUGAAAUAUUUGUCUUCACAUGGAGAGGUGACAAACCCCUUGGAACUGCAGACAUUAAGCUCAAGCAUAGAUGUUUUGUUGCAGGUGGUGUAAACAGCUUUGCAACCCAUGCAAAUGAUCUGGGUAGAUAUUUAGGAAAGUGUCUUAGAGUGGCUGAAAAUCAAGUGCCAAAUCAUUUGCGGAAGGAAACUCCCUUCUAUGUUGGGGCUACAGCUGGUAUGAGAAUUCUCAGGGAUUUUGAUCCAGAAGGAGCAGUUGCAGUUCUAACAACAUUAAGGGACUUCUUGGAGACAAACUCAACAUUUAAAGUACAACACAAGAACAUUGGAAUUAUACCUGGUUAUGAAGAAGGCACUAGUGGUUGGAUAGCAGUUAAUUAUCUUGUUGGUUCUCUGAAGCAGGCCGAAGCAUCAACCAAAGCUGCACUUGAUGUGGGUGGAGCUUCAGCUCAGAUAACUUCAGCUCUUAGGGAAAGUGGAAAUUGGACAACCAGGAACCUUACUCUUUUUAAUCAGACCCACAACAUCCAAAGUCAGUCUUUCCUCUGCUAUGGAAUUGGACAAGCCCAGCAUCGUCACAACUUCCUCCUGUUGACUGAGAGCAAGACCAGUGGAGGGAAUUCAUCCAACCCAGAGGAUCCUGUGGACCCUUGUUUGCCAACAGGAGCAAGUCAUGAAAUAUCUGAAUCCGACUUGAAUGGUCCCUGUACACUCACUGGGGAUCAGAAACCUGUGUUAGCUUCAGUGACAAAAAUGAGCCAGAACAAAAUGAAGAAAAUUUUCAAAAAUUAUAUGGGAAAAGGAGAUGAUGAAGAUUUUCGCUCACAUCUAGAAGAAACCUUGAAAUUAGCAUCAGAAGUUUUAGGAAGCGACACAAAGGAAUUGGUAGCACCUCAGGUUAUCAAGGGGUCUAGCAAUGCUAAGGAAUGUGAUAAAAAAACAGAGCAGCUGUUUGAUCUUCAGUAUUGCAAGAAAACAUUCAGAUAUGGUGACUGCAUGAAUGCAAAGCUGGUUCCUGCUGUGACUGGAGACUUGAUUGCAUUUUCUGGCCUUUUUUACCAUCUGAUGCUGCUGUUACAAGUGAAGUCAGAUGCUAGCUUGGAUGACUACAAGGUUGCUGUUGAUCAUGUGUGCUCACUGGAGUCAGAAGCCUUAUAUGCUGCUUAUCCUGGUGUGGACAAAGAUAUAGUGGAAGACUUGUGCUUUGAUGGCAUGUAUGUGUACAAACUCCUAACAGUUGGCCUGGGUAUUGACAGUUUGUCAUGGAGCAAUAUAGACUUCAGUCAUCAGGUGAAGGACAUGGAUAUUGAAUGGCCUCUGGGCUUCAUGCUGAACAAGACCACCAGUUUCCCUUCUGCUCACACAGACCGUCCUCUGACUGCCACUAUGUUUUCACUGUUGCUUUUCCUCUUCUCAGCAUUUCUCUUCAGCGGCAUACUCUUCCUACGUCACUCCAUCAAGAUCAGGAAGCACAGUGCCUCUUAUCAAAGGGUAAUUGCAGACCAUUUUGAUCAUGAACUCCGUAGGUUUAUAUGAGGAUAGGAAAACUUCUUGCGGCAUUUUUUAAGAGAUAAGAGACAUGGACUUUGGUAAAUUUUUGAAGAGAUCAACAGUAAAAGCAUUUUGUUUCCAGAUGAGAUCUUGGACGCUUUCAAAAUAUUGGAGCUGUCCACUGGGGGUUGGGGGGGGGUAAUGUGCCUGUUUUUAACUCCAUUUGUCUUUCGUAUGUGGUAAAUGAAAAUGUUCGUAAAUAUGUUGGAAAACUUUAGUUAUUAGACUUCAUAUAUACCUCAUAUAUCCUGUAGAAAUAAAAUGUUAGUCCCUCUGUAUCUUUCUUAGCUUUGGUUAAUUUUCUAAUUUUCGUUUUUGGUGUUGUGUAAAGUAUAUUUUUCUUGUAUAUAGAUAUCUAAAUGCUGUUUCCUUAGAAAUUCAGUUGUUUAGAGUUACUGAAGGUAGAAAUGGAUACCUUCAAAAUCUACUCUGUUGUGAUAAAUGUCGAUCAAUUCACAGAUAUGUCAGAUAUUUUUGUAAAGAGCAUUUGUAAGGUGCAUGCAAGUUUACACACUUUUUGGGGAUUGUGUUCAACAUAUUUGAUACGACUUCAUAAUGAUGGUAUUGAGAAACAGCUGGUAGAAAUAUAAAGAUUUGUGGUUGUGUUCAUAUAUUAAAGAUAUUUUAUUUUUGUUUGUUGGAUUACCAGUUUUUUUCAUGGAGAUUACAUUGUAAGUAAAGUCUAGUCUCUUACUAGGAUUAUGAUAAACUUAGUAAGGAAAGAGAUAUUGUAUAUGCAUGAAGGAUAUAUUUUGAAAGGUUAUAUUACAAAAUUGAAAUGUAAUGAAGGCAGUUUAUUAUUUUACUGUGAAUUCUAUGGAGAUUCAUCAACUUUUUCUUUCCUGUGGAGACAUUUUCCAAGUGUAAAGUAAUUUUGAAUAAAAAAAUAUGGGGCAUGCUUUAAAAAAGAUACCUGUAUUAUGGAACUAUGGCUUAUUUUACUUGGAAUUAUACAGUCAUUAACCAUUGAUAAGAUAUAUUGUUAGUUUAGGAAAGGGAGUCUUUGUAGUUACCAAAUAGAGCAUUGUCAUAAAUAUUUUCAUAUAGAAGAAAAUGCUUCUUUGUCUUUGUUUAGUUUGGAAAUGUACACUUGAAAUCCAUAAUUCAUUGUAAAAACCUUUGGGUGUUUAUAUUAAAAAAAAAAUAUUUAUUUACAGGGUACAAAAAUUAAGACAUAAAGAAUAUAAGCCUAAAGAUAUUCAAGUUAAAGUAAGCUUUAAGAUAUCAAAUACUGAAUUAUGGGUUAUUGAUGUAUGUUUUUGAAACAAAUUAUGUUGUUGUGAUCUGUAUUAUAGUAUUUGUUUGUAGACACUUUAAAAAAGAACACACUAUUUGGGUGUCUGUCUACAAAAUCUUAAAAGAACAGUAUCAGUAAAAGUUUAUUUUUUCCUGCAAAUUUGA